GGAUCUUUUUUUUAUUUUCUCUUGUUGUUGUAAACAUCGUUGUGGUUGUUAACGACUGCUGUGAUUAUGGGAUGGACUCAUGUUUGUGUCGUAGCUGCGUUGCUAAUGUUGUUUCAUCAGUGUGAAGCUUCCUCUGUUUCCAUGACAGGCUUCACUGUGGACGAGGGCCCCCUGGUGCAGCUCGUCCAAGAGGCCCACCGGCGAGAGAAGCGCUGCUCGUGUGAGAACCAGAAAGACAAGGAGUGCAUUUUUUUCUGCCACAUCGGCAUCGUGUGGGUGGACACGCCGGGUCACGUGGUUCCGUACGGAUUUGGAUCAGUGAGAUUCAGGAGGGAACUGGAGCGCUGCCUCUGUGCGAACACACGGGACCACGAGUGUGUGAGAUUCUGCUCAGUCCACACGCUAAUGCAAGGAGAAAACUUGGCAGUGAAGCAGACGACAGAAAUGCGACUGCAGAGACGCAGAGGUGCAUUCUGGGAGAAGAGGAGCCGUCACACACUCAGAAAACUGACCUGAGAGACAGGAGGACAGGACGUGGACAGGUGGAUGCUCCCGUCCACCUGCUGCUCUGAUGCCACUCUGGACUGUGUUUAUGUAAAUAUAUCCAAUCAGUUCGUCUUUUUCAGGCGGUGGGCGGAGCUCAAUCCUCCACCAGGGACUGUGACUCAAGAUGGCUGAUGUCUCUACACGUCCUGUGGCCAGCUGUCAGUCAUGAUGCUCCGCCCAUUAAAGAAAUCAAUAACUUGAUAAAACUUCGCAUUAACUUUUAUAUUUCGUUUUCGUCCUUGUCCCACCUGCUGACAUAGAGGGGGCGUGGCUUAUGAUACUUUCCCUUUGUGAUCGCGAUUCAAAUGCGAUUCAAACGUAAAUCUAUGACAAUGUUAUUUUACCGUGACUUGAGGAUAAAUAAUAACAAUAAACUCAUGUAACAACUUCAUGUUGUAUCUUCUCUAAAGGUUUCAAUCUAAGGAUUAAAAUGUCUUAAAUUUACACACACACACACACAGUUUCUGUGUAAUCUUAGAUUACAGACAUCAGGCUGUUCACCUGUUCACAUUAACUAAUCUAAAAAAAAUGCAGGAAAAAUGACUUGAAAUAUUAAAGAAUGAUCGAUAUUGUGAGGACAUUUCUGUGGACGUCCUCUCUAAUCUCUGCUGAUUGAGGACAUGUUGACAGUCUAUUAGACGAGUAUCUGGCACCAUCUAGUGGACCAGAUUCAAGACGCGUUGUUGUCAU